UUCAAAAACAAAAAUAAACGGACCACUUUUUUUUUUUGGUUUACAUCAAACCGGACCAUUGGUGGAACCUGGUUUAGUGGCUUUAACCGUUGAAAUUUCCUUCGUAAUCGACUCAAAUCAUCAGGCAACGGUGACCUCCGCGUCGAAAUUCAGCAAAAUCCCAUCUCCGGUUAGGGCAAAAGCUACUCGAUUUGGGACCAAAAUUUCACGGAAAAUGUCUUUAGGGCAAAAGAGUUCGACGGAUCCUGGUGCGAUGCUCACUUCUCUUUUGAACAAGCGAGAGAAGCUUCGUCAAGAGUUACGAAGCAUCGAGAAACAGGUUUAUGAAUUGGAGACAAGCUAUCUUCAAGAAUCGAGUCAUAUAGGAAAUGCUUUGAAAGGUUUUGAAGGGUUUUUGUCUUCCUCCAAGAGUACUGCUAGUGCUAAGAGGUUGAGGAAGUUUCAGCCUGAAGACAGAGUCUUCUCAUUGUCUUCAGUUACAUCACCUGCUGCUGAAGAACUUGGUGUUGGAAGAGAAGAUGGACGAGCUGAAUUAGGGCCAGGGCGAUCUAAGGGUGGUUUGUCGACACAGUUAGUUUCCCGACUUAGCUUACUUUACCUCAUUUCGUACCUGACCUGUAUGUGUCUGAUACAUGAUUUUGGUUUGUUGACCAAUGUGAUAAAAUUACAGGGGAAAGCCAAAGAAAGGGAGAGGACAAUCAAUAGCAAGAGAGGCAAAGAGAAGCAGACCAUCAACAGAACCAGAUUAUGAAGAUGAAGAUGAUCCGGAUAUGAAUAUGUAUGGGCAUGGUUCACUCAUCUAAGGCAUUUUCUGUUUUGGUGCCAGAAACUGUAAGAAACAAAUCAGAUUGUAACCAUUUUUUUUUUUUUGCAUCCUACAACAGAAUUGAACCGAUCGAAGUAAAUCUAGGAACUAAUGUGCCAGCUUUUAUAUCAUCCAUUAUUAUGAAUUUGCAUU